AUGAACUCAGAUAUGUCACUACAUGACUUAAUAAACUACGCAAGGACAACGGAGACGAUAGCGUCGCACCUACAAACAAUGCGACUGGAAGACAACAACACUGCUACUGCUACAACCGCCCCAAUAAACAAAGUCGCAGACGAACAGCGCCAACCAAGCAACUAUCCCCGGCAAUACCAGUGCAGGAAUUGCAACGAAAAAUACCCUCAUGAGCGGGGACCGACGUCUUGCCCUGCAUUUCAUACCCAGUGCACAUACUGCGGAAGGUGGGGACACUUCACCUCUGUCUGUUUCAGAAGAUUAAACGACGGAAACAGACAAUGGGAAACAAAUCGUCCCCCACGAACACAGACCAAUCGACGCUCAGUGAACCGCAUUGAAAACGACCAACGGAACCCACAUAGCAGUGGUAGUGAUACAGAAUACGUGUUCCACACAGCUGGAGCUCGGAACUUGCCACCUCCAAUUGAAAUGGAUACUCCAGCAAACAGGAGUUCAUCUUUAUUUUUGGGGCUUCCCAACCAAAUAAAAAGGUAA